CCGCGCUCGAGCACGAGGGCUUCCCCCGCGCAUUCCAAUGGCGAUGGCUUCUUCAUCCUCUCCGGCGCUUUCCAUCUCGCCAUGGAGCAUGGCCUCGCUUCGGUCCGCCCUCCCUUCGAUUCCCACGCCUCGCAUCCUUUCCCUUCGCUUCUCGUCUCCUGCGGCGCCCUUUCCGUCCUCGUCUCGCCUGAGAUCCAGCCACAAGGAGCAGAAACUCUUGCGGUCUUUCACUGGCCUCGCUCCCGAUUCCACUCUUAUGUCCAUGGGCUCUUAUGGUGCUGGCUUUGAGAAUGGUUUAAGCAUUAUUGAUAGUGGGUCUAGAUUCUAUGCAAUGCGACAUGGAAAACGUGUUCCAAAACUCAAUAGGCCCCCAGAUCAGCGGCGUGCAUUAUUACGCGGCCUUACCACACAGCUCUUGAAGCAUGGCAGGAUCAAAACUACCAGAGCAAGAGCAAGUGCUAUGAGGAAGUAUGUGGAUAAAAUGAUAACACUAGCCAAAGAUGGAUCUCUCCAUAAGAGGAGACAAGCCUUGGGGUUCAUUUACGAAAAGCAGAUUGUCCAUGCCUUAUUUGCUGAAGUCCAGGACAGAUAUGGUGAACGGAAUGGAGGAUAUACAAGAAUUAUCAGAACUUUACCAAGGAGAGGAGAUAAUGCACCUAUGGCCUUUAUUGAGCUUGUCUAGCUACUUUUUUUUAAUGGAUUUUGCAUAUAUUCCUCAAUUAUUGGGGAACACUGACCAAUGUCUCUGCUCCUUGCAUGUCUAAUUGCCAUUGAAAGACCUCUUAAGGUCAGAUUUCUGUAUUUGUUCUCUUGUUCCUGUUGUUGUACUCUCUUAAAA